CGCAGCUUAUGGGUACUUAUAGAGACUUCCUAUUGGUGCAACUCGUGGUGUUAAGUGGUGGUAGCACGUGAUUGGCCCGAGGAAUUAUAGACACAGUGAUCCUAUCCAGCAGCUACCCACAAUUCAAAGCAUUAAACAACUGAAGUUCAGGCAACAAUACACCAUUUAUGUUUACCUGUGGACUUAGAAAAAGUUGAGAGCGCUGUGCAUUCCCAGGCCUAUUGUGGCGUUAUUAUUAAUUUCCGACAAGUAGUGUAAUCAUUAGAAAUGAUGUGAAUAGUGAGAAGAACAAAAUGAGGCUAAGAUGGCUUCUAAGCGACGUUAUCUGUGUGCCCCCAUAAACGAGAUAUCUGGAGCCCAACUUCCAUCCUCUGGAGAAGUUCUGGGCCUCCUGACCUACAAGUUGGACGUAGAGAAGAUGACGGUGGUGGACGCGUCCCGGAAGGUCUCGAAAAUUGUUGAGGCGCUGUGGGCUAAGGCUAGAAUUCCCAUGCAGCGGAUUGACACCGUCGUCAAGAACAUCCAGACCUUGUACAAGGAGUACACCCUUGUACGCAAGAACAAGGCACGGACAACAGGAACACAAGUGAAGAGGGAGGAGGAGUUCAAGGAGCGCCUGGCGAAUCUCUUCGACGUCGCGAAGGCCGGCGCUUUAGAGACAAUGACAAACGAGGAGGACAAAGCUUUUCUUCUCGCUCAACGUGAACCAGGACGCCGGGGACGCAUGGGAGGGGUGGACACAGCACUAGCUGCCCAAGAACAGCGAUCGUCACAGCGGCAAGCGACACAGGAGGUGAGGAAGCGACGCGCGGAGGAGGAGGCGUCGACGUCCGCGGCAAGAGUCCAGUUGGAGGAUUCGUCCUCAACCUCCUCUAGCACCAGCGCCGAAGGAAGCCCCACACUUGGUAUCUCCCCAGUCCCACCCAAACGGCCUCGAGCGAACCUCAACAUCGUCACCCCGGACGUGGCGGCCUCUUUGGAUCGCGUCAAGGUGAGCGACCGUGGCGCAGUGUUCGUCCUCACCGAGACGAACUAGCGUUCGAUGAGUAAAAUUUCAGAGUCGUUGAGCACCGUUUAAAUAUAUUCCGAUUUCAAUGAAACCUUGCACAGCACGUUUCUGGGUCAAAAGGAACAAGAAUCCGGGUUUGGAGCAUAGACAUUAUUCGUUUGAAAUUUCACCCCCCUACAGAGGGCCACCCUAAUAUAUAUAUAUAUAUAUAUAUAUAUAUAUAUAUAUAGGCACAAAAAUUUUUAUUUUCAUAUGAAUAUAGUUUAAGCCACACAGGAUCUCAGAACACUGACGAAUGUACCUGUCACGAUGAUGGAUGGUUAGCAUCUGACGCAAUAAUACGCACCAAACCUUAAUAUAGGGACACUGUACAUCCCAGGAACUAGUCCUAUGCCUAACUAUAAGUAUUAAUUUUGCAAUAUCCUUGACAGUUUAUCACCCUUGCACAUUCACAAAUUAUUCUUGAAUAUUUUUGCUAAUGGUCCCAUGUACUCCCAAAAUCUAAAGAUGACCUAUUAAUAAUUUCUGGAUCUAAAUAUUAACAAAGAAUUUCUCUCAAAAUACAUAAUAUUAUCAGUUCUAACAUAUUUCCUCUUAAUCUACAACAUUUCGUGACUGGGAUUUUUCAUGUGACCGGCCCAGCAGAAACUAGGUAUAUGGUUAUUUUACAGUUGCCUUGUAAACCAAGGGAUAUAUUCCUCUGCAUGCCUUCUUCAUAUCCAAAUAUCAACAUCUAAUUUAACCACUUGUAGCUUACAAUUUCAUUUAAUUUUCUUCUUCUAAGGUUUUACUGAUUGCAAAAGUAUAUAUAAAAUUUUAUUUAUGUAACCAAGGAGCAAAUGAAUUCUUAUAUCCAUGACUUCCUUUAGGCCAUAUAAAAUUACUUCACAGGAUUAUUAUUAUUCAGAUAAUGUUAUUUUCUUUCUUUUUUUUUUCCUUCCUACUUGCUAUUUUGUCCCAUGACACUGUGCCUUUAGAUAAAGUGACACAUGAGAGUGCAAGUGCUGAAAACCUUCUUAAAGACUGGGCCAUUAGUCACCAAAUUCAUCAUGCAGUCUUAAAAGAUCUACUUAAUAUUUUACAGUCUCAGUAUGAUCUAAAUUUGCCAUCAGACCCUCUCAUGCUAUAUAGAAUUGCUUCAAAUAUUUAAUUUUUAAUUGAGACCAUUUCUGACUGUAAAAUAAGAAUUACAAUUAUCUUUCCAUCAAUAAAAUGUGAUAGGAUUCCAUUAUUCAAAAGUUUUGGUCCAUUUUAAUAAAAUUCUGCACUGAUUAUGAUACAAGCACUUAUUCAAAACCUGCUCCAACUAGCAUUAACUUGGGAAAUUCAAAACCAGGUAAUGUAGAAUAUUUGAAGUAUUUUAUCAAUAAAAUGUGUACAUUGAAAAAUGGUUAUGAAUUCAAAGAUGAUAAGUUACUAACAAG